AUGUUUUCGGCGGUCUUGUUGUUCUCCUUUUCCUUGGUCAGCGUCUGCUAUACGAGGCCGGCCGCGAAUGCCUUGGAAAAGGACUCUCUGCUGGAGCACGAGUCGGAAGAAGUAAGGUCUGCAGCCAUCAAGAGGCUGUUGGAAGUGUUCGGCAUGGAGGAUCCGCCGCACGCCCCGGGGCUGCUGAAGCAACCGCCACAGUACAUGCUCGACCUGUACAACACAGUGGCUGACGUGGACGGGGUUACCAGGGACCCAGACCUGCUCGAAGGAAACACGGUCCGCAGUUUCUUCAAUAAAAUUCACGAUGAACAGGUUCAGUACCUUUUCAACCUGUCCUCUGUGGCUAAGAAAGAGAUGGUUCUCACUGCGGAGCUCCACCUCUUCAAGAUGAAGCCCCGCACUACAGCGCUGUUCAACAGACAUCACUUUUGCCAGGUGAGUAUCUAUCAGGUCCUUGAUGUCAACAACAUGAACGCCUCCCAUGGCAGGAAGCUGCUGUCUUCAAGACUCAUCCCGAUCCAUUCCUCUGGGUGGGAAGUCUUCUCCAUCACACAAGCGGUGCGCUCGUGGGCUGCCGAUGAGCACAGUAACCACGGCCUCUUGGUGAAGAUCCGUAACCUGGGGGGCAGCCAGGUGGAGCACAGCCCAGUCCGCUUCGCCUCGGGCAGGGAUCACCACCACAGCAAGCAGCCCAUGCUAGUGCUGUUCACCGACGAUGGCCGCAGGACCGCUGCCCUGGAGAGCACUUUGAACGAUCUCAAUGACGAUGGUGCCCCGAGCUCCCCCCAGGGACUGAAUCCUCCGAGCUCCCGAAGCGCACGCUCCCUGGAAUACUCUGAGGACGACCGGCUCCCCUGCCAGCGCCACCCUCUCUACGUGGACUUCGAGGAGAUCGGCUGGUCCGGCUGGAUCAUCUCCCCCCGGGGUUACAACGCCUACCACUGCAAAGGUUCCUGCCCAUUCCCCCUGGGUCAGAACAUGAGACCUACCAACCACGCCACGGUGCAAUCUAUUAUCAACGCGCUCAAACUGACCAAAGGCAUCGAGACCCCCUGCUGCGUCCCAGACAAGCUCUUCUCAAUCAACCUGCUCUAUUUUGACGACGACGAGAACGUGGUGCUGAAACAGUACGACGACAUGGUGGCUGGGAGCUGUGGCUGCCACUAA